CGGUAGAGAGCUGUAGGCACUCUGGCUACAUGGAGUAGAGUGCCGGUACUACUACAUAGAGUGGAGUGGAGUGGAGUGGAGUGAACCACUCUAGAGUACAUAUGAUAUAGGCAGGCCACAACUGGACUGCAGAGAACCCGUGGAAGAAUGUAUGUAUGUGGAUAUGUGGGUAGAGUAUGUAGGCAAGUACCUGUGCAGCGAUCUUUGGUGGUGGGAUACAAGGAGCAUCCACUGCCGCGGGUCUUAUUGCUAUGCACAUGGCAUUCCAUGGUAGGAGGAGUAUCUAUGAUACCUAGCAGAACGCCCGGCCGGCCGUCAUGCUCGUCGCAGGUUAUUGUUCGGAGUGCCCUUGCCUUUCUGCCCCUUCUUCCGCCUUCUGUCCCUUUGCCCUUACUCGUGGAUAAUGAUGCUGAUGCUGCUAAUGCUGAUGCUGAUGCUGAUGAUAGGCUCAACCUCCGACACAACCAGCCAGCCGGCCCUUCAAUCUCUCUCUCGCCGACACAGGACAGGAGUUCAGUCAGUAAGCCUCUCGUGCCGAGAUUCUCGUGUCGAGUCGGGAGUCGGUGUAUGGGUGUUGUAUGGGGGGUGUCUGUACUUGAGUGGGCGUCGUAUGCAGUGGCGUCGUCUUCGUCGUCGUAUAUAGGCGUCGUCGGA